CGGCGCUGAGGGCGGCGGGAUGGCGCUGUGGCGGGGGCUGCGCUGCUGCCGCCGCGCCUUCGCCUGGCUGCCCGUGCUGCUCAUCGCGCUGCUCCUGCUCUGGUCCUACUACGCGUACGUCUGCGAGCUCUGCCUCGUGACUGUGACCAACCCUGUGGAGAAAGUGGCCUAUCUUGUAGUAUUCCAUAUUCUCUUUGUGCUCUUUGUGUGGACAUAUUGGAAGUCUGUUUUCACUCUCCCAAUACAACCAGGCAAAAAGGAGCAGGAGGUAAAAACGUUUCCAAGUUCAGCUGUGUUUGAAAGGCUCCGUGCUGCCCGUGCUGAGUGCUCCUCUGGUGCCCUCUGCUUGCAGUUCCACAUGUCCUACGCUGACCAGGAGCGCUACGAGAACGAGGAGAGGCCCGAGGUGCAGCGGCAGAUCCUCGCCGAGAUCGCCAGGAAGCUGCCGGUGUACACGAGGACAGGGAAUGGAGGGAUUCGGUUCUGUGACAGAUGCCAGCUGAUCAAACCUGACCGUUGUCACCACUGCUCUGUUUGUGCCAUGUGUGUGCUAAAAAUGGAUCAUCACUGUCCAUGGGUGAAUAACUGCAUUGGAUUUUCUAACUACAAAUUCUUUCUACUGUUCUUAGCCUAUUCUUUGUUGUAUUGCUUGUAUAUUGCUGCAACAGUCUUCAAGUAUUUCAUUAAGUAUUGGACAGGUGAGCUGACCAAUGGACGCUCCAAAUUUCACAUCCUUUUCCUUCUCUUUGUGGCAAUCAUGUUCUUUGUGAGCCUCAUGUUUCUGUUUGGCUACCACUGCUGGCUGGUCAGCAGGAACAGAUCCACUCUGGAGGCUUUCUCAGCUCCAGUGUUUCAAAAUGGCCCAGAUAAAAAUGGAUUCAAUCUUGGCUUUGUGAAGAAUCUCCAGCAAGUGUUUGGGGAAGAAAAAAAGCUCUGGUUGCUGCCUAUUGCCUCUAGCCAGGGGGAUGGACAUUUCUUCCCAAUGAGAACCUUGAGUGAAGCUCGGAACCCUCUCCUGACAAAUGAGGAGCAGUGGGAAGAGGAUGGAAUAGAUGAAGAGCCUCAGGUUCUUACAGGUUCUGGUGAAGCCUCAUCCCUUGCCAUAGAAAGGGAGACAUAGCAGUGUGAAAACACAGAGGUGUAAAGCUGGAUCAGAAAGCUUCCCUCUCAGGAGCCAACAUCCCUUCUCUUGGCAAGGACUUCAGUUUUGAGGGGCAGAAAACAGGUGGAUCUUCAAGAUGAGAAAACAUCCUGAAGUAUUGUCUGAUGGGAAUCUGCAUUCCAGAGCGCUUCUCCAGGAAUCCUGCUGUCCAGAUGUCCCAAGGCUUUAUAAAUUCAAGUUACAGAGUUAACAGAACAAUUUUACAGAGUGAUUGUGGCCAAUCUUCUUUGGCCUGCUCUCUUUAUUUUAUAAAUACUAUAUAUUUUUUAUUCCAAAUAGGUACAAAUGUUGAUGCGAGUGCGUUUCUGAAGGCCUUUUCAUUUUGCAAACAUCAGGGAUUCGAGCUCUUGAAAUUCUUCCAAGCCAUAAUAUUCUUGGGGAUGGUUAUUUAUUUUGAGGCUGAUUCUCCAACCUUCUCUGACAAGUGGCAUUUUCUCAUGUAUUUAAAUUCUGAGUGAGUUCAGCUCAAUGCAAGACAGACCCAGUUAAAUCUGGCACUAAAUUGGUAGCUGAAUGGAAGUGUUAAAAGCAAAAGUGCUGAACAUGCUCAUGUACAUGUGCAGCUGUGAGUGAAAAUAAAAUAUUCACAUUGCCAGUAUCAAGAUUCAAGAAUAUUGUGGCCAUAGAUUUUUUAAAAAACAUUUUUAGGGGGUGGUGUUAUUUUCCUUGAGUUUGGGUUAUAGUGCUUUUGCAUCCUACUUAGAGGCUUCUAAAAUGCAAAAGGGAACUUCAGACAGUCCAGUUUGCAUUAAUUCCUAGGGUUACAAUAUCAUCUCAUUCCUGGAUCAGUGUUUGAUGGAGAUUUGUGUGUUCAUGGAGGCAGAAAGGAAGAUGUGAAUUUGAAAUGUGCACUAAAAGUUUGGCUCCAAGAGUCAUGUUUGGAGUUACACUCCACAGGGGUGGCUUGAACCCCAAAAUGCUGAAGACACAAUUGGUAUAUUGAAUUUUUUCAGACUUCUUCCCAGCUCAGUGCACUGACUGGCUUCAGGGGUUUCUGCACUAAGAGGUGAUCAGAUUUGUUUCUGCAUUUUGCUGCAUUUACAGUCAAAGAGGUGUAUCCCUGAUGUUGUUCUGGGGAAUGGAACUGAGACUUGGCUGGCUGGAUUAUGGAUUUUUUCUAGACCUGAGUCCUUUUUUUAAACUGCAUGAUUCAGCCCAGUCCAUCAUUCUUGUUUGAAUUAGGUGCAUGCUAAAGUGUUGAUCUCUAAGAUCAUUUAGUACCAUUUUGUAUCCCAUUUUUGUGUUUGUUGAUCAGCCCACUGGUGUUGGCAGUGACUACAGGAGCAGCUGUGCAUGACAGGAGAAAGGAGCUGCUGAGUGAGUUUGGUGAUGGAGGCUUUGCCUACAGACUAAACCCCUUCUUCCUCUGUUCCUCUGCUUCUGCCGCCACAGGGAGUGUGUGUGUGAGCCAGGAGAGCCUUGCAGAGGUUCCUGCCCUAGGAGGAGGUGUUUCACUCCUGGCUGAUCCGUGCCCUGUGGGCAGGACUUUGUCCCUCAGCCUCUGCAGUUUGUGUGGAGCAAGCAGUGCUGACCUCCCUGGGGUCUCUCACUGCUGAAUUUGGUUGUGAGGGGCCAAGGUGGGCUGGCCCAGGCUCCUGUGGGUUUGUGUCUCUCCUCAGGGUGGCCCUGAACACUGAAAAUGUUCCUGCUUCAGCCACCUGAGCCCCAUCUGUUGAGGGGCUCUGUCACCAAAUGGCUGCUGAGUGCUGGAAGGGUUUUUCCUGUCAAUCUAAAGCUGCAUUUCUCAUGUAAAUCUGGUGUUGGACCUUGUGCUGUGUGUGAGGCAAGGUGGCAGCUGAAUUAAUCCCCUCAUUCCUGGCAAAAUGUGCUCUGAGGGGGAGCUUGAGAGGUUGAUGGCAGCUAAACACAGCCAGAAUUUAGCACCUACAGAGGUAUUACUUGUGCCUUUAAAAACUUUAAAGUCCUUGUAUAGAAAACCAGGAAGGUGAUUUGGUGACUUUGUUUCAUCCUGCCAGCUGAAGUGUAUUUUUGCAGAGAUUGUGUGGAUUUAGAGGAGUUUUCUGAGCAGGUUCUUGUGCCCUUCCUGGUCACAGCCCUGCCAUUAUUUGAGUUGUUUCUGUACCAGGCAGCAGCAGCAGAGCUGUGCAGGAGCUCCCCUGCCUCCUCCUGCUGCUGCACUGCUCAUUAGAGAGUACACAAAAUCAGGGUUUGUCUUCUCAUACUAAGGCAGAUAUCUUUAUGAUGGCACAGGCACCAAGCUCAGAUUGAGAAAGGGUUUUAAAUGUUUCCAAGUAACUUUUAUUCAGUCACUUUUCUUGUAAUUAAUUAUGAUCACCUCUUCCCUUUCCUUCAAAGCAGCUCAGCCUCCUGUGGUUGGAACAAACUCUUGUUAGAACAACACAAAGUUUAUCACUUCAGAGCCACUUCUCAAUAUCCACACAUCAGAUGCUGAAAGCUUAAUGAAAUGUGAAACAAACCCAAAAGUUGUGUAAAAUGAGGCAGAACAAAAUGGGAAAAACCCACAUGUCUGAGUGAGCAGCUCCAUUUUAUUCCCUUCUGCUCACUUAAGGUGAUAUCCUUAUUUUACCCCUGGCCUUUGUCCUUUUUAUGCUGAGUAAAUGCACUGGAAAACAAAAGUUCCUCAGGCUGCUGUGGUCACUCUGCAGGUGACAAAAGAGAGAAUAUUCAGCUCAGUGUGUGAUAGGUUUUUUUAACCUGCAAAUGGCUCUUCAGGGGUUACCCACUGCAGCACCUCCUUUGUUUUCCAUGCCCUGAUCCUCAUCCAGAGGCUCUCCACCAUCAUCACUGACUGUAAGGGCUGUAUCAUCAAAGCUGUCUCCUACCUGCCCUGCCUGCACCCUCCAUCCCAGCAUCCCAGGAGUGGGAUUGAUCCCCCCAGUCCCAUCAACACCAAGGACACUGCAGCUCUGGGAGCUGGCCAGUGACUCCAGCUCAUCCUGUGUGUAUCUCACACAGCCUGUGCUGGUGGCCCAGCAUUCCAGGUACACCCUGAGCCCUCCAUGUGCCAAAGUGUCCCCACUGGGAUUGCCACCAGUGUCACUGUCACCCUCUGGGUGUGUGCUGUAGGUGCAGCUCCAUUCAGGGAACCUGGAGAAUUAAGGUUUGAGUCUCAGAUCUGGUGCUGCUGUCAGUGUGGCUGUAGGGGCUGCUGAAGGUGUUCCACUCCAGCCUGGAGCAGUGUGGAGGUAGCAAGGGAACUGCCCCAACCCCCUCCAGGGGCUGCUUCCUCUGCUUAGCACUGGACCUGCACUACAGCCCUCUCAGCUAUGAGCAGCUCUUCCAAGUGAUGUCACCACGGGAAAAGAGGGAACUCUUGUUGGGCUUUACUGUGAUGCCUCCAUUGUUAUCCCUCUGCUCCUGGGUUCAUCCUCUAAAAUAACUGACCACUAACAGCCACCUCCUCACCUCCCCCCUUCUCUCCCAUUUCCAUUCAGGUACAAAAGCCCAGACAGAGCAUCAUACUGAUGUUUCUCUGUGUGCAAUUGUCCUAAGUCCAGCCCUGGGCCAGCAAGUCCUGCCCAAGGAACCUGGACUUGUGCAACCCUCACUGCACUGCCAGGUUUCUCUUGCUGAUUGGAAGGUUUGGAGUAGAAUGAUUUUGUUUUCCUUCAAGCAAGGAGCACUUCUGUAUGUUUGAGGAGGCUGUACCCAUUGUGUGUGGGGUGCAGUCCCUGGUGAGAAUCAGGAAGCUUCCAAAUCACACUAUGCAAUGAAUGUUUGCUUCCUGGGACAGACAGGAAUGGAUUCAGCAAAAUCCACACCAGCUGCAGCUCUGUAGUUCUAGAUGCUGGUCUGGACUGAAAGCACAACUUGAUGCAUAAAGUCUGUCAUGUGACAUGAAUGUAAAAUGUAAAGGGGGGGAGAAAUUACUAUUUUCCCCUGAAUUUAGCUAUGAAGAAUGAUGUACUGAGCAGUUACUCUGUGCAGAUCUGAGGCACUCGUGGAAGGGUUUAAUUAGCAGGGGAAGGAGCCACUGCUGACCUUGUUUAUUAAGCCAGAACUAAUUAACUCAAAAGGGUCAUGUUUUCAUUUCAGUGACUCCUGUGGUACAGAUUUCUGAAAUGGAUCCAUAGUACUUGAAAAUACCUCAAUUCUAUUGAUUUUUUUUUUUCCAAUUCUAUCAGCUUCUGCUUUAUUACAGAACACUUGCAAACCUAAACUCAUCCUGAACAGAUCAGAUCACUCAGAUAACUGAAGGUGUUUGCAUGGCAGAGGGGCUCUGGUCUGGCAGAUCCUGCAUGGGCUCUUCCUGCCCCGUGCUGCAUUCCCUGCCCUGGUCACAAACACUGAGCUCACACCCACUGCUGCAGGGUUUUAGUCUCUUGUUCUUUUUCCAUCCCACUUUGAGUCUUCCCUCUUCCUCCUGAACAUACAGUUAAAUAUUUUCAGCUUUGAGCUGCUUUGUGCUGGUUUUUUGGAUACUGUGAAGGUGAGUAGGUGUCAUUUUAUGCAGUUUUGUGCCAUGUAUUUUAUUUGUAAUUAAUCUCUGUUUGUCAGGUAUUGGUUUGUGGUUCCCAUCAUCAGGCCCAGCUGGCUUUGCUUAGAGCAGGAUCCCAGUUCCUGCAUUUUCUUUCCUAAAAGCCUCAUUUCUUCAUUCUCCAGCUUCCAUUUGGGAUGUAAACCUUGUGAAAUAAAAUGUAAGUUUACAUUUCAAAUACAAGCCUGUAAGUUGCUCAUGCCUGCAUGCUCCUUACAAUACUAUUUUUUUCUGUAUGAGGUUUUAAGAUUUACAGCAGCAUUUGUAAAACUUUAGUGGGUAACAGCCAUUGUUAAAAAAAAUAAGGAAUUAUGCUGAGGGGGGAAAAAACCACAACCCCAAAAAAAUCCAACAAAAAGGUCAAAGGGAUCAUCUCUGCUUCUUAUUCCAGCUGUGCUUGAAAAGAAAUGCCUGCUUGCAUGCAGUGCUGUCAGACAGCCCUGGGACAUGCAGGUAGCUCACCUGACAGCUUCCCUGAUGUUUCAGCACUUCCUUGAGUUAAACCUUGGACUAAACCCCAUGGGAAGCCUAAAACCCAACAAAAUCAACCUCCCCCUCUCCUUUCUAACCUGGGGAAGGUGUGUGCUCCCUUCUCAGCACUUUCCUCUGUAAGUGAAACAGAAGCCCAAAGUGAAAGUGUUGGUGUAUUAUUCCCCCACCUUUUUCUGGAGAAUCUGGGAGCCUCCAGGAUGUGUCCCAGAACUCUCUUGGCAUCUGGAACUCUGCUGCUGUCAUGAACUGCUGGGCUGGUGCAGGUGACCUUCCCUGGGAGGGACAGGGCUGUGCCUGAGAGCUGGGCUGAGGAGGUGGAACUGUUCUGAUAGAACUCCAUCCUUCUUUGGAAUUAACUACACUAUGGAAUGGCUUCCUGCUGUACUCAUGGAGCUACUCCAGAGUGAAUCCAAAUCCCCUGCUGGAGCAGGGAACUUUGGGUUAGGAACACAGAAGUAGGAAAGGUCUUGUUAUUUUAUAAAUUUAUAAUCUGCCUGCUCAGAUGGCUGCUCCUCAUCUGCAAAUGCUGUUUGUGGUGCAAAUGGGCCCCUCAAAGAUAGAAGUGAGCUAAAUGUCAGGCUCAGAGAAUGGCAGAGCCGUGGUGUUGUCAAUGGAUCAGGAAGGUUUAGCUUCCUCCAGAAAAGCCAGGGGGUUUCACACACUGGAAAAUGAGGCUGGAGCAGAAUCCCACUGCAGGGGCUGCUGGGGGUCAGGGGAGCCCUUUGGGAGCUCCCUCUGGGGCAGGAUCAGCACCUCCAUUCCCAUGGAGCUGACAGAACUGGGACACAGCAGCCACCCCCUGAGUGGGAACUGCAUCCAGCUGCUGCUUAGGAGCCCAGCAUGGCCAGCGGCUGGCAGGUGUUCAGUCAGAACUGGGGGCUUAAUACACAUCCCUCCCCCUAAUUCAAUGGGAAGUAAUUCUUUUGCAAGGAAUGUCACACCAGGAUUGCUGCCCACCUUUGGGGUGUUGUGUUCAGGACUUUAAUGCUGCUGCUGCUGGCAUUGAGACUUUUGAUAUCAAAUGGGUUUUUACAAAAGCCUUGGAUACUCAUUUUUACUGUCAGACCAAUGCUCUGACUAUGCUGAUGCUCUGUGGAGUUUCACUGGCAUUUUCCAAGUGUUUGUACAGUUUCUACAGCUGAAUAUCCUGUAUGUUCUGCUUUGUUGUUUUUUAUUAUGGUUUAUACUGCACUGCAGGCAAGGACUGCAUUAAAACCAUUUUUGGCUAAUUCA